AUGCUGAGUGGAUUCCUGGGCCUUUUUGGCAGGCAGACUGUAAUUUCUGAUCAGGUCAAGCAAUGGCCCGACGCAAGAAGAGUUCUGUUCCACUUGAUUCAGUCAUGGAGCAAAGCUCUGAAAGACCCAGAAGAAAUUCCGGUUGCCGAUGUUGCGGACCUGAUCCGUCAGUUUUCCGAAGAAUUUGAAACAAUCCGAAAGCUAGGAUGUGAAGAAGGUGCAAAGCAAGGUAAAUGCUGGCCCAUGAAGUGUGAUGCAAUCAACAAUGUACUCGAAGAUGUAAGACUGCGACUUGAAGAAGACCCAUCGCAACGCUUUCUAAUGAGCCAAUAUCUAGAUAUGGUAGCCCGUCAUUUUGGGCGACUGACACUCCAGGCGUAUGAGAACACUGAUGUUUUUGCCAUUAGGAUGGAUAUGAUGGUAGACAUGGAGGAGGAGCGCUUUCGUGAUGAACGUCUUAAGGAUGACCCGGAGGAGGCUGGGCGCGAGUGGCGACAGCUACGCGCUGUUUCGAAGCGGCUCUGCGUGGCUAUAAAAUGUUGUUAUUGCUUGCAGUGUGGUAAAAGGCUCGUACUGAAUAAGGAGCUGUACCAGUGA